AUGAGCGAAGUUUCAACAUUAAACUCAUCAAAAGUACUCAGUCAAAAUGAGUUUAACAACUUUGCAUCAAAGGAUAAAGCACUAGAGAGCAAUAGUUGUAAUAGUAUGGGGACCGCCGGCGGUGAAAAUCAAAUGGGAUCGGCCGACGUUGGCAAUGGAAAGUCACUUCAACAAAAAGUAUUCACACAAAACACAAGACACCAAAAUGGAGGUUGGAAGUUUAUCGAUGAGACUGAAUUAAAGAAACAAAGAGGUGUGUGUUGGGAACUAGUAAAAUCAGUUGGCAACAGUAUCAUUGAAGGCAAGGAAUUGACAAACACGUCGUUGCCAAUUGGUUUGUUUGAGCCACGUUCAUUUUUGGAAAAAUUGACCGACACUUGGUGUUAUGCACCACAAUACCUUCCCAAGGCAGCUGCUACAAGCGAUCCAGUCGAACGUCUAAAGUUGGUUGUUUCCUUUACCGUCGCUGGUCUCCAUCUCACCAGCACCCUCUCCAAACCAUUCAAUCCACUGCUUGGCGAGACUUUCCAAGCACACUUUUCCGACGGUACACAGGUCUAUUCGGAGCAGACCAGUCAUCAUCCACCAAUCUCCAACUGGGAGAUGAUCGAUGCCAACAAUACAUUCCACUACCACGGCUAUGGUGUGUGGUCGGCUGCCUGUCGUGGCAACGUUGUCAAGGGCUAUCAAAAGGGUACACACACCAUCACCUUUGCCGACGGAACCACCAUCACAUGGACACUACCAGAGAUUCUCAUCAAAGGUAUCUUUUGGGGUGACAGAGUCACUGAAUUUGCAGGAAAGAUUGUAUUUACUGAUGAAAAAAAUAAGUUAGGAUGUGAAAUUACAUUUAAUCCACAUGCAUUGGGAUUUGUAAGAUCAAUAUUUUCAAAACAAAAAGAACCAUCUGAUUAUUUCUGUGGACAUGUAUAUAAAUUGAACGCAACCGGCAAUAGCAAUAGUAAUGGCAAGGAAAAAGAUAAAAAGAAACAAUCAGAGAGAUUAGAUUCAGAUAAUGUUUGUCAAGUUGAAGGUAGUUGGCUUACACAUCUAGCAUUUGAUAAUGUCAACUAUUGGGAAUUAAAAAUGGUACCGCAAGGAGUUAUUUAUGAAUCGGAUCCACUCAGCACUGACAGCAGAUACAGAGAGGAUCUCAGAUAUUUGAAAGAAGGCAAUAUUGAAAAGGCAAAGGAAUAUAAAUCAUUAAUUGAAGAUAAACAAAGAACCGAGGCAAAACUUAGAAAAGAGGGUAAAAAGGAACUAAAAGAAAAGGAAAAAGAAAGAGAAAAAUUAAAAAAAUCUAAAAAUUAA